UCAAGUGAAAGUGAUACAGAGUCGGGUGCUGUAUGGUGAAUGAGAAGCAGUUGCUGUAUAUGUGACGCAGUGAAUACAUUAAACGAUGGCUUUGUGAGUGUGAUCGUCACACAUCAUCUCUCUAUUGUUUUGCUUCGCGCUAUUAUUCAGAGAACACAAGUGUCAAGUGCUCACACCGACGUAGAACCAAAACAAAACCAAACACAUUUUUUCAUUUGAUUCAAUUUUCGUGUCAUUUUUCGUUUGUAUAGUGCCCAUUUGAACGGAACCGAUGGAUAUUUUGGUGUUAAUUCUAAAUUUCGAAGAAAAAUCGGUUCAAUAAUCAAAAAUUUCGUAGAAAUAUUUCAGUUUUGUGAGUGAUGAAAGAAUAAGAGGAGCAUUUUAUUCAAUUGUGUACGCUGUGAAAAAGAAGUGCCAUAAAAAUGCCAGUCAUUUUACCAUAUCGCAUCGAAUAUUCAACCUCAGAGGUUCGAUGCAAUAAAUGCCGUAAGUCCAUUCCACGAGACACCAUACAAAUCGGCAUCAUGCAACAGAGCAAGACCGACGAUUGUAUGAAGCCCGAAUGGUAUGACAUGGAGUGUUUUCUACAAAUUCGACGGCCAGUUUCAGUGGACUUCAUCGAUGGAUUCGCCAAUCUACGAUACAACCAUCAACUGCAAAUUCAAUCCAAAUUAGGCGUCGAUGUCAAUGCUAAUGGAAUAACAGCGACCGGGCAGCCACUAUCGAACGAAGCCGAUACCGCAUAUGCGGCAUGGAUGGAAAAACAAAUCAAAUUCCAAAGCAAUGACUUCUUCAACAUUCAUGACCAGCUCAAGAAGCGCAAUUCCGUCAAUUUUAUAGCCACACUGAAGGCAAACAAUCAAUUUGUGCCAGAACGUUUUUCCGAUGUGCCAGAACGUUUUUCCAAUUGAUGUGUUCAAUUGAUUCAUUUGUCAAAUAUUCAAAAAAAAUUUCUUGCAGAUAUUAAAUCACCUCACCGACAUCAUAUGUUUUGGUGCGUUAGCACCGUGUUUGUGUUGCAAGGCUCCGUUUAUCGAUGCACCGGGUACGAUUCGCCGUGAUCGUCGUGCAUCAAUUCAGUCAAAGAGCCUCGACGUGUUCCAGUCCAACUGCCGGAAAAAUUUCGAGAAAUAUUGAUUGACGAACCCGUGGUUUGCACACGCAUUCUUCUCGAUGCCAUUCAAUUCAAUGACGACGACUUUGAGUGGGCUAUACACAAAGCAACCACUGUUCAACAUGGAAUUUUUCAUUGUCGGCGCCACAAAAUUGCCACGAAAAGACAUCGAACACAAGAUUCAGGCCAUGGGUGGUAAAAUGACAUCAACGAUUCACGGAUAUUUGGCUGCAGUCAUUUCGAAUGCCGAAGAAGUGCAAGUUGGCGAAGGAAUGAUAAGAGAGGCGUUCAUUCAACGAAUCCAGGUGAUAUCAGACGAUUUCCUCAACGAAGUCAUGGACCACCAUCCAAUUGAGGUUAUCGCUCGAAGUAAUUUGAGCAAAUGGGGAAAAGAUCCAUACAAACUAAUGCCCGAACGAAAGCCCGCCGCCACCCAACAGAGCACCACAAAUGCGAAUCUUUUCAAUUUGGAUCCAAAAACUGUGCUUGAAAGUGAAUAUGGAAAAAUUUACACUAGCGGCAAUACCAGAUACGAAGUUGUGUUGGACUUUGUCGAUAUCAGUUCAAACAAAAACACGUACUUCAAGAUGCAACUGCUAGACCUUUCAACUCAAGGUGACAACUCAAGAUAUGUAUUAACCGAGUCAUCGGGUCGAACUGGAACAAAAUUUGUCAACGGUAAACAAAGUCAAUCUUAUCUAAAUUUGGACCAAGCCAAAGCGGCAUUCUAGAAAAUGUACCUGGAAAAGACGGGCAAUGAUUUUGGUGCCAUCAAUUUUGAAAAACCUGCCGGAAUGUACAAUCAGGUGUCGAUUGACAAUGAAAGACUGACCAAAGAGUGUCGAAACCCGCAAUCGGGUGCACCACCGACAAAACUCUCAAAGCCGCUGUAUGAAUUGAUGCAGCUGUUGUACGGUGAUGGCAAGGUGUUCAAAUCGACAUUGGUGGCAUAUUGUUUCGAUUUGGACAGUAUGCCGCUGGGUAAAUUGAACAAGACUCAAAUUCAGGCUGUGAUCAGUCUUUUGGUUACGAUCUCAUCGUUGCAAAGUUCCGAGAACAUCAAUCAAAUAAUUGCUGCAUCGAAUCAGUUCUACUCGAUUUUCCCGCACAGUUUUGGUGACCGCCAACAACCACCAGUGAUCAACACGUAUGAAAUGAUCCAAAGGAACAUUAAUAUGCUGCAACAUUUACUGCAAAAGGAGUACAGAUACGAAUUUCUGACCAGCGAAUUGAACAUGGAGAAAAAUCUGCUGGAUUUGUGCUACGAACACCUUCAGGACUCGGCCGAAAUCACCAUGCUGAAUAAGGCGUCGGAAGACAAGUAGACUAGAAUGAUUGCUUUAUAUUUUUUGUGACACUCAUUUCAAUUUUCUGUCUGUUCAAAACAACAAAUUAUUUCUCUCCCAUUUACCUCCUGUUUCCACUCCUUUUGGUUGCGUAUGUAGUAUUCACAGAGGUUGCUCAGCUCAGAGCAUUUAAAAACUAUAGUAUAAAACGUCGUGUAUAAAUUACGAAUUUGCUCGAAAAGACAUCGAUCGUCCAUUUUUGGCAGAGCAUACUUAAACAAUCAGCUGCCAAGUGCUUAGCACUAUUUGAAUCAAUCGUUGAUCUUUGGGAAAUUCCGUACUUUUAAUUGUUGGUACAUCAUUUGCUCAGAUGUGAACUACGUUUACGUAAUUUACAUUUAAAAUCAAGAAUCAUUUUGAAUCAGUGUUUUUCCCUCUCUUUUGUCUCGAGACUUAAUUGCAGUUUCAAAUUCAUCGAGAAAAUGUGGCGAAAAAUAAGGAAAUGUGACAGACAAAAUAUAUGCACACGAGAGAAAUGAAGAAACUAAAGAGAAAACGAUUUAAGAAAGAAAUAAAUAAAUAAAGAACGACAAAUAAAACUGUUACAUUGUUUCAAAAGAAUAAACAAUUCAAGAUAGCAAAAUUAAGUGUAAUUUAUAACGAUGAGUUGUCAAAUAAAAGUGUCGACUCAAAAUUUGAGUCUCAAAUACAAUUUUGAAAUGAAUUGGAUUCAAAAUGAAGUCAAUUCUACUCAAGAGAAUGCUAUGAAUUUGUCUCAAAGCUUUGAUUCAAAGAUUUACAUGUAAAAUUAACUUCAAUUCCAAUAUUCCAUGGAAUUUCAAAUAAAUUCACACUCACACAAACGAAAUCACCACUCAAUGAUCUACGAUACUAAAGUUAUUUUAAUAAACUAUUAUUUCGAUGACCUACGAUAUAGUUCGCGGCAACGACAGUGGAAAACAUGUUGCAAUUCGACAUGGGACUGUGUAAUUUCUUUCCGUUCAUCAUAAUACCAUUGACAGGCCUUCCAAAUUGUCACAAUCUCAACGAAACCCUUUCACUCACACCGGUUCAAGCUUCUUGGCUGGGUAAAUUAUGUUCAAAAGGCACGCACAGUACAUAAGAGCCAAUGCAAAAGUCAAUUGAUGCGCAUAAGUAGCGCCACCUCUAAUGAUUACGGAGAGUUACCAUAAGUAGUAUGAAAUUGAUAUUGAGAAAAAGAAGAAUAAGAAGUAGACAUUUUAUUCAUUUACACGGCAAUAAUGGCCAUCAGUAGAAAUGGUGCUCAUGUGCCGAUCAUAUCACUGUUACAACCCUUCGAUUAUGUUUUCGAGCACAUGCAAUGCGCAAUUCAUUUUGUUUGAACAGUCGUCGUUAUUAUAAUAAAAUAAUGAAAAUACGAUUCAGAAAUAGCUCAUACGA